CAAGGCUCCUAUGGCCGUGUCACUUUGCCAGCCCUCCGACUGCACCGGCACUGUGAGGCAAUGUUGAGCCUCAAGGGAGUCUGUUCUGCGGUAAAGGUGGCCAGCUCUACCACCGCGUAGGGAUCAACAUCCUGAAGUUGAGAGUCGAGACGCUGCUAACAUGCGUCCAGGCGGCAUCAUCAAUGUUUCCGUGCGACCAGUGCCGGCGAAGCUUCAACCGGCCAAGCCAUCUGAAUCGCCAUCGCAUGACACAUCUGCCUUCGUCUAGACGCAGAGUUGUUACGUGCACAUACUGUGAGCGGACGUUUUCGAGGCAGGAUGUCUUGUUGCGCCAUCUGCGUGCCACACACGAUGUUAUUCGGGACACCAGCGUCUCGAACCAAAAGUCCUGCCAUCGCUGUGUACGACACAAGCUCCGGUGCGAUAGAGAGCAGCCAUGUGGCUCCUGCCACACUGCAAAGUCCACCGACCCUUGCUCGUAUCCGUCAAGCGCGGAGCCGGGCACGCCAUCACGUACGCUUCGAGCGCCCGGCGGUUCCUCCUUCAGCACACCAAGCGUGCGGCGUGAUAGCGAAAGAUGUGUGCGGUUCGCAAACCACUCAGUUGUUGACAGCAGAGAUGCGUUUGGACCUUGUCCCCCUGCUGCGAACGAAGGCUCGCACAUCGGCCAACAACAUAUUGACCCCUUGGACAUGGACGCGGCGGACUUCAGCCCGGUCUUCGAAAGCGAUGGGUUCAAUACUAUACUUCAGCCCUUUGAAGUAGAUGGAUGGAUAGACUUCCGUGGCAGCGGGCUGGACUGGCUAGAUUUCGACGUCUCCAGCAUUGAUUUUGACUUGAGUGGCGAUCACUCGGGAGAUGCUGAUGCUACCAUGGCUAGCCCUGCCGCUGACAGCACCAACCCACCCGCUAUACACUCCGUCGCCGCUCCUUCAACAGCCCUGCCUCGACAGAAUGUGCUGCCAUGGCCGUUUGAACAGGGUCAGGACGCUCAAACGCCGCGCUUUCCGCUUCCCCGACUUCACCAGAUCCUACCCCAGCCGCCUCCUGGGACACAACCCUCUACCGUUGACAGCCUCCUGCGACUGCUUUCUUGCCAGCAAAUCCCUCACCUAAACGAACUGACCAACACAAACAUGUCUCCAGGAUUAGAGUUGCUCCGGCGGCUUACUGAUGUGUACUUUUCUGGAUUCCAGAUAGUCCAAUCAAUAGUGCACGCGCCGACGUGGAACGUGGCAGACUGCCCAACCGUUCUGCUGGCGGCCAUGGCUUGCAUUGGGUCAGCAUUAUCAGACGAGAGCGACGUGACCGAGCUGUCCAACUCCCUUGGCGAUUUCUGCGGCUCAAUGAUCACUUGGCUUGGUGUGACCGACAACUCCAGUUACUCCGAUGUGUCCUAUCUUGCGGCGUUGUGCUUGCACCAGAUUUAUUCCCUGGGAUCCGGCAACCGUCAACUAUAUCAGAACGCGGAUAGAACUCGUGGUGUUCUGAUCGGAAGCUUGCGGGGACUUGGGCUGCUGAGUUCGCGCAUCAGCAAUUUACAACAGUCAGCCACGGAGGAUGCUGGGCCAACGACAAACGAUCCCCGCGAGCUCCAUGCUGAGUGGCUUGCCUGGGUAGCCUGCGAGAGAGACAGACGUGUUGCUUGGGCGUCCUUCGAAUAUGACUGCAGUCUGUGUACUCUCACCAACAGACGAGGUGCAGUUGACCUUAGCGAGUUGCCCGCAAGAUUGCCCUGUUCGGACAGCCUCUGGGAUGCCCAGUCUGCGAAUGCUUGGGCAGCUCUCAAAUCUCGCGCACCCUCGCGAGGUCAAGGAGCAAUGCUGUCCGGCGUUCUAGGCUUGAUAAUCUCUGGGCGCCCUUUGGUAGAACAUGUGUCUAUGUGGGGUAAGCGGUUGUGUGCUCAGAUCAUCGGGCGGCUACUGUGGGAUUUGAAGCAACUGGAGAAACUAUCGACUCCCGAAUAUUGUGGCCUGCCGUCGUUAUUCAAAAGUCAUCAACAGUCCAAAGUUUCACUAUUGCGAGGCCUGGACUCGCUUCUGACCCUUAUGACCGAGCCGGCCUCCACCUCGGACCUGAUCAGCUACAACAUUUCGUCCUUACUAUGCCACUAUUCGCACAUGUACGCCUCUGACGACAUCAUGGACAUCAUCAUAUUCAUCAUCCGAAACGUUGUAUCCAAGGGGCCGUCAUGCGAUGAACGGUUGGAUAUGGCGCGACAACGGCUCACGUCGGGGUUCCAAUCCGAUCCCAAAAGGGCCAGAAAGUUGCUGUGGCAUGCUGGACAGAUCGUGGCCGUGGCAACUGAGUAUCUCGUCUCGGCGCCUUGCGAAAUUAUGCGGCUCUUCAAAGCCUACGUGUUCAUUCUCGCCUACGCCAAGUACUCUGGGUACCCUGCGGAGCAUUGCAAUGGCGUGAAGGUACGGUUGGAUGUCCCAAGCCGACAUGCUGAUCAGGAAAAAGCCGUCGCAAAGUAUAUUCAACAUGGUGGUCAGGCACAGAUCGGUACGGCUCAGGAUGUCCUAUCUAGAGCGUCAACCGCCAACAUCACCAAAGAUGCACACGUCAUGUUUCAGCGACUGCACUCAUGGGGGCUUGCGGAGAAAUUUGCAAAGAUCCUGCAAUGUUUCGAAAAUUUCGAGGAGUAAUGGCUUUCUCAAAGUCAAUGAGGACAUGCAGUCGAUUCAACUCAUCUAGUCCUCUGACCAAACGACUGUCAGAAGAUCGCGAGACAGUUCGGCGGACUGCUGACUCCUCCGGGCAUAUUUAAAGGGGCGCUUGUGACGAAAAACUCCCAUCUACCGAGCUGCUGGCAAGUCCGACUCAACUCCUCGAGGUCGAAAAGUUCUCCGACGGGAAGGCCCCAGCCCGCGAUGAGGUAUUCAUGCAUGAAAACCCCCGGUACUUCAGCUUCAUCGACUCGAGCGUACGUCUUUUGUGGAGGAUAGACCUCGAAAGAAACAGCGUCGCCUGCCACCGCCGCGAACCCUUCGUCCCAGAUCCAGCGCAAUAUUUCCUCCGUGCCCUCAACGCCGGCAUGCUCUGGAUUAGGAUUUCGGGCAUAUGCUUGCUUUUCUGCCGAACUCAUUUGGGUAUCCCACUCUCGGGUGAGACCGAUUCUCACGAACAAGAUGUCCCCGCGGCGGAAUUCGACCCCCUGGUUCUUCGCAAUUUGCUUCAAAGUCUGGAGUGGAAUCGCAUGGUCCGACAAGGCACUGUAGCUUAUGGAGUGCUUUUCGGCGUAUGCGACAUAAUCCAACAGCACACCCCUGCCACAAAUGCCUUCCUUUGCCCAGUGAUGGAUGCCGAGUCUCAGAUUUGAACGGUCCGAUAUUUCCGAAGCAGUGGUACCGCCGUAGAACAGCCUUUGAGACGGGCUACUGGGCGUGGGGAACGGCGCAGAGAAGUGUCGCAGGCCGUCCCACUGUGACGACUGCUGCGGGUUGAAAAUGUACACGUCGUCGAACCCUGCGCCGCCGAGGAGAGACGUGAUGUGGUGUUGUGCUGGGGCACGGUUGAAGUUGGCAACGUCAAGCUUCGUCAGCUCCCAAUUUAGAGAGACCCGAACACCGGUCUUGAUACAAGUCUUGGCCGCUUCGGCGACCACGUCAGGGGUGAGGAGGGCGAGACGUCCGAGGCCUUCUUCCCUCGACCCCGGCUUGGCGUGCCAAACACGACGUUUGUCAGGCAAGGAGUCGUACGGCACCUCGUACGGCAAGAGUCCGGAACCAUUCGUCAGGGGCGUUGGCAUGGCCCCCAUUUUGAAAGGACUUUGCCAGGCGCUCAAUGAGGUGUUGGUGAGAAUGCUCCGAGGCUACAGAUGCUUCAAGCUUAGGAGGGCAACAAAGACAUGGAAAGGUAAAUCUCAUUACGAGAUUUGUUCUUCGUGGCCCACGUCACACGGGAAGAAAAUGCAUUGUUGCCAUGGACCUCGGAGGCCCGAUCCAGAACGCCUACGAUAUCGGCGGCCAUGGUAGCGCCUCCGUGGGGUGGUGGGUUUGAAGCUGGGUCCCCAUCAUGGGCGGCAUGGGCGGUCCCAUUUGGGGUAAAAUCAUAAGAUCCAGCUCCAGCUCCCGUGGUGGCACCUCCGGCUGCGGCGGGUCUCACAUGGGCGGGACGCUCCGGUGCAGCGACAGCGGAAAAUGCUGAUUUGAGGAUGCGAGAGAACGUCACCAACGAACUUGGCUACAACGUAAGCCCGACGAUUAGCGAGUGGCACGAUGCUACUUCGAGUGCCUGAGACCGGGUAUGUAAGAAGGAAUAUAUGCGACACGGCAGAGCAUGCAUGCUGAUAACGCAAACGUCUGAAAGUGAGCAUGCACAUUGGUGGUUUGUUCUCCCCCCCCCCCAGAAAGCUAGUAGAUGUUGUGGUUACCUCGAGAAUGGG